UUUAAAUUUAUCCGCGCAUGUGCCGCUCGUUCAUCAUAAUCAUCAUCAUCAUCUCAAUAAAAACCUCCUACAGUAGUGUUUAAACUGGUCUUGUAGCAUCGUGGGGUCUUUCCUGGUGUCAUUGUGUUAAUCAUGGAGUGUUUUUAUUAAACUCGGUAGAAAUGUCACUCAUGUCCGUCAUCGCUUUCGAGAAAGCUGAUAACACUGAAGCCCAUACAGUACACGAGCUGUCAUGCAGCAGAUCGCUCCAGUUACUCGCUAUCUCAUCUUCUUUCAGUACCUCGGAACCAAAUACAGUGGGGUGAUGAAGGCUCCAGCACAUCAACCUCUGCAGGGAGUGCAGAAUCAUUUAGAGAACGCAGUGCGAAGGCUGAAGCCUGUAAAUGAAGCGUCGGUGUUCAUCUCCAGUCGAACAGACACGGGUGUGCAUGCGCUCUGUAACUCUGCACAUCUAGACAUCCAGCGCAGAGGAGACAAACCUCCCUUUACAGAACAAGUCCUGACUGAUGCCUUAAACUUCUUUUUAAAAUCUGAGCCUAUCAGCAGAAUCACAAGAGUCUGCAGUGUCCCGAAUGACUUUCACGCCCGCUACCGUGCCUUAUCAAGAACCUACGUCUACCGCUUGGCCACAGGAGUUCGCCGUCAUACUGAACUGCCCAUAACAGAGAAGGAUUUGUGCUGGACGUUACAGGACACGGAGCUCAAUGUCGAUGCCAUGCGAGAGGCUGGAGCCAUGUUACAGGGCACCCACGAUUUCAGCACCUUUCGUGCACUCAGCUCAGACGCUCCAUUCAAGAACCCAGUAAAGACCAUGGAGCUGGUGCAGGUGCAGCUAGGCCUCUCCUUCAGCCAGCGCCACUUCCACAGGUACACUUCCACAUCUCCACCGAGUCCCAUCCUGGGCAUUCUAUGUAAUCUAGACACCCAAUUUGCCUCCACCAACUAGGAGCGCACGGAUAUGUUUGAAAACAAUGAUAGACGUUUCUAUUCAGUAAAUGGAAAAGUUAAUAUAUUCUUAAUAGAAUUAUUUUAUAUGUGAGGUAACUGUAAAACAGCUUAUAGGAUUUUGUGGGGGCAUGCAUGGAAUAAAUUCACAUGGAAUGAGAAAUGGAUUUCUGCUAACUGUUCAUCUCAUCCAUACAGUUUUAGAUAACUUUGAGAAUAGAAAUGGGGAAACCAGCAGAUCAAUAAAAACAUGGCACCAGACCAUGGGAAAGUGAAUACUUUUUAAAUAUAAGGGAUUUUAAAGCAUAUUUCAAGAAUUUUUGCUUCACUUAGUCAUGAAGAAUAAAAACUACACUGUGUCCACUAUAAAUCAUUUGUUCUACCAUUAUAAUACACCUUCAGAUUUUAGAUAAUGAUAGAUAUGGUGCGAACAGUGCCUAAAGCUACCUUGCUUUUCACAACGUCUCAAAAAUUCUUUAUUGGAUAUUUGUUAUAUUUGUGGAACCUUAACUAUUGGAUUACUACAUUCACAUCUUUGCUGUUUUGUUUUACUGGUGCUUGUGUUGAGUAUAUCGAUGGGUAAUAAAAGCAUGAAUCAUUA